AAGGUGGAUGACGUUAGGGGUUGCAAUUAUCAGUAAACUCAAUUCUUUUAUAAUUGAGUGUUUAUCUCAAGCCAUGAUUUUGAAUUACUGUGAUGGACACAGAAAUCUGUGCAGCAGCAGGAUAAACUUUAAAAACCCCAAAUACUGAUUUUAGAAAAAUUUUCUUAUUCUAAUGUCUCUAGAGAAGUGGAUUUAUUUAUUUAUUUGUAAAUGCUUCAAAUCAAUAUUUUUGGUUUAUAUGAAUGGUUAAUCCCGUGAUUCAGGAUACUGGAAUUCUCUUCUGCACAGGUAAUAGAAAACCUCCUUACCCUGCAAAAAGACAAAAAAUAAAAUCGCAACUGUUUCAGUGUUACAGAGAUCAUUUCUAAGUUGAGAAGAAAUGUCAAGUCAGUCCUUGACAUUUGUUGCCUCAGAAAGAGAGAAGCUACCAAAGGACCUUAAUUCAUAAACAAAAGAUCAAAAUAAAGCGAGUUUGGGGUAAGGAAAUAUGCUCUUGGCUCUGCCGGGGAGGCGCCCUCCUGUAUCGCCCACUUUCAUCAUCUCCCUCUCUUGAUGCCCAUCCCUUACCCAAACUAGCCAAAGGAGUGUACCCCGGUCUAAUUUUUGCGGUAAUUUCCAGGGAGGCUGACGCUGCAAGGCCAGCCGGACGAGAAGCGAUGCCAGAGAGAUGCCUGGCCCCCGUCCACCUUUCUCAGCGCUCCAGGUCGAAGCCUAAUUUUAAAAAAACGCACUCCCCUCUGAUGCAGAGCCCUCGCGGCGGCGCGCUCUCCGUCCGGCAGGCGGUGCUGUGAGCUGGUAGGCUGCGCUAGCCGCGCACUCUGAUUCAGGGCGGAGCGGGCAAGUGCGGCUGCUGCUCCUCCUCCUCCUGCUUAUGCUCCAGCCGCAUGUGCAGUCGCGCCUGGUUCCUGUAGUCCAAGUGUGUCAGAGCCUCCGGCUGGAUUCCACCCGUAACUGGACCGCCGCCAUGCAGGCGGCGGCGGCGACGCGCGCGUUCGUGGAGGUGCGGAGAAGACUGCAGAGCGCGCAGCUGAUCGUAGGAGAUCCCAAAGAAGGAGGUCUGCCCAUGGAGAUUUCUAUAAUGCCAUCCUCACUCCAGUUGAAAACCCCGGCAGGCUGCACAGAGAUCUUGCUUCCAGCAGAGGUCGGGCUUGUGCCUUCCUCCUGUGGUGGGCUGCAGUACGUGGCUGGAGAUGGAUUACACCUGCGGCUGCAGGCUCGGGCAGAAGUAAGCACAAAACUGAUUUCAAUGUUUAAUCAAAGCUCACAAGCCCAAGAAUGUUGCACAUUUUAUUGCCAAUCCUGUGGUGAAGUCAUAAUAAGGGACAGGAAGCUCCUGAGGGUGCUCCCGCUGCCAAGUGAGAACUGGGGCACUCUUGUUGGAGAAUGGUGUUGCCAUCCUGACCCUUUUGCUAAUAAGCCACUGCAUCCACGAGAGAAUGAUUGCUUUACUGGAGACUCUUACCUCUUGGUGAAUUUAAGAAGAGAUUCACAGCCAAGACCUGAACUAGCUCAAAAGGACAUGCACUGUCUUUCUUCUGAGAACCAUUUUGAAUUGAAACCAAAGGCAAAUACCAAAGUAAUUUGUAAGCGUUGCAAGGUAAUGUUGGGACAGACCAUGUCAUCAGAAACCACAAAGUUUUAUAUGACAGAGAUAAUUAUUCAGCCAUCUGAGAGAAAUUUUCCCAUCAUACCAAGGUCGCAGUUUUUACAGAGCGUUAUUGCCCAGUGUCUGGUGGAACUCUCCUCUGCUAGAAGCACUUUUAGAUUCACUAUUCAAGGUCAUGAUGGGAAAGCAUACAUCUUGUUAUGGCUUUUAAACACAGACAGUUUAGUGAUUGGAUCUUUGGAAAAUUCCAAAAGUAUAAAAAAAUUCCCCCUUUUGGAAGACACGUUGAAGACUGAUUCCAGUGCUUCCUGGAAUGCUGUCAAGGUCCUCUACCAGCCAUGUAUCAAAAGCAGGAAUGAAAAGCUUGCCAGUUCCUGGGAAAGUGACAUCAGUGUCCACCCUCUAACCCUGCCCUCCGCAACCUGCUUGGAGCUGCUGUUGAUCUUAGCAAGGAAUAAUGCCACACUGCCUCUCUCCCUUCGCUAUAUGAAUUCCUUUCAGGAGCUUUCCUUGGCUAGAAGAGGAAGCAACAGCCUGGGAAGGAUGCCAGUCUUCAAGGAAAUGAUGGAUUGGAACGUGAAACCAUUCUAAGUCUCAGUUGAGAACCUCUCGUGAGCUCUCCUAGUAAUGACUAAUUGCUUUAAGAAAGAGAAGAUUUAAGACUAAGUGUUGGGAAACUAGGUAAAAGAAAUUGUGAGGAGCAAAAAUGAAGUGAUCUUAUUGUCCUUUUGGUCCUUGCCCUUGUAGUGCUGAAGCAGUGGAUAUGAGAUAUAGUGGAGGAAAAGUCCUGGAUUGGAGGUGACAGAUAGGUCUGGGUUAUAAUCUCCCCUCCCUUUAGAGAUCAGCACAUUGCUUCUUUGUGGGUUAGAAGUUGGGAAUGAUGGUCACAGAGGAGUGAUUAUAUUGGAACAGCAAAGAAAGUUAUUUCUAUAGGUUCAACAAGGGGCUUUAUGUAGUUAGCUUCAGAGGUUAGUGUUCAGUAAUUUAGGACAGUUUGAUUAAUCUGUAGGAUACGAGGGGGUGUCCAGUAUAUUGCCUGAAGCUGGGAUUAUGGAACAUAGACUAAA